GGUCCUGUUGAAAAAGGUAUGCUGGAGCCGCAAGACUUGGGAGGGAAAGUAGAUACUUUCGUUCAGCGAAGGCAUAAAGAAAAGCUGGUCGGAUUUAUAAUCUGUUUUGGAUAAAUAUAGUCUAUAAAGACAUGUAGGGUAGGCUACUUAUAAACACAUUUAUUUUUGUAUCUCGCGUAAAGUAAUAAGACGUUGUUUAUAACCACAUUAUAAGAUAUAUCUUGGUGAGGUUUGAUUUUGGCAUCAUUCAUUUCAACUAUUGAUAACUUCAUGGCUUUGAUAGAAACUGAUACUGAUGGUAGCUGCAAAUUGAACGGGCCGUCGACAAUUUACGGUGGGAUUGGCACAAGAAGACAAGGCAAGACAGGCAUAACCGGUAAAAUGCAGCCCAAAGACACGGAAUAUUCAACAGAUGGGUUACCAAAAGCCUUUCUACACAGUCUGAGGACACUCUUUGACAUUCUUGAUGAUGGUAAGAGAGGAUAUGUGCACAUAUCGGAGAUUGAGAGUAGAUGGCAAGGGGCAGAUACUCAUGAUUUGUCCGGCGGGGUUCUGGAGUGUCUGAGGCUGGUGGCCCCACCUCAUGGCUGCCUGACAUUUGAGCGCUUCGUGGCGGGGCUGCGAUACUCCAUGCCGAAAGCGGACAACAACAACCACAUAAAGGCUCAGGUUUCCCUGCACCCGAAACAAGCACUUCUGAACUCCAAACGGCACCAUAUGCCAGCGCAAAAACCUGCCCCGCUCUCUACCUGCUCUUUCGGAACUCUGAUUGAAAACAACGUUCGCCCACUGGGUCCAAGCAAUGGGACAAAUACGCAUCACAAACGCGCGUCCUCACUUCAGAGUCGGUCCAGACAUAAUGAGGGGAAAACUGGACACCCACCAGUCACCUCGGUCGUAGGGGGUCCCUUGCGUUACACCAAUACGGGUUAUGAGAGAACAGGCAGAAGUUUGGAACGGAUAACCAUUGUGCCCGAAAGCGGUUCAUAUCGAGCGGAUUCGGUUCGGAUGGGGAAGCAGACGCAUCCACAGAAGAGUCGGGUGAGGUCCACAGAAUCCCUUGCUCUCGAGUCGUCAAGUCUCCAAAAAUCAAGUAUUGUGGAGGCUGGGUUACCGAGGUCCCAGAGUGAGUCAGCCACAGGAUUCACUGUCUCCAGACGCCAUGGGCGGAGCCGAGAUGAGCAGAGACGCCACACCAUCACCAACGGGGUGGAUUAUGGAAUGCUGAAGCAGAUGAAGGAGUUGGAGCAGGAGAAGGACUCUCUGCUGGCCGGUCUGGGCGUGGUGGAGCGGGCUAGAGAGUGGUACCAGACUCAGAUCCACAACGUCACCGAGAGACAGAGACACGUGGGCCAAAGCAACCACUGCACGGAUUCCUUCGCAGAAUCCCAGAAUCAAAGUCACAGGAAUGUUCUGCUUCCCAAGCUGCAGGAAGUCAACCGUUGCCUUAAUGACCUAAUUUCCUGCUCUGGAGUGUCUUUCCCAUCCUCCAGCUCCCAGCCCACAGUGAUCUCCUCCAGCUCCCAGCCUCCUGCCCCCCCACAAGCCAUUCAGAGACUAAAGGACCAGAACCGCCUUCUCAUCCAGGAGGUGACAGAUAAGGGUAAGCGCAUCACUCAGCUGGAGCAGGAGAAGUCUGCUCUGAUCAAACAGCUGUUUGAGGCUCGCGCCCGGAGCACGCAUGACAGCAGCACCAUGGACUCCACCUUCAUCUGAAUACGGACACCAUAAUACAACCACGCUGGGCUCCAGCUCUAUCUGA